CAAAAAUGGCGGGCUAAAAGCAAAAAUUUCAUUUCAUUUCAAAACAAAACACACACUCUCUCUCUCUGUGUCUCUCACUGCGCGUGCGCGUUCGUGUCCGUGAGAAAAAUGGAGACGCAAGCUGCGGAGGAGCCAGUACGGACGAAGAUGGAGUCGCUGCGAUUGACGUGCGCAAGAGAGAUACAGAUCCACCAACAGAAGAUCGACUCUUACGCGUCGUCGUUUCGCAAUUCCCUCCAAUCCAUCAAAUCCAGAGCUCAACAAACCGCCCAAAACCAAGGAAAAUUAGGGGAACUUAAAGCUAAACUCAGAGAGGCAGAGGAUGAUAUGGUAAAAGCCCUAGCAGUGAAGACCCGGAAAGAGGCGAAGCGGAUGGCGAUAAUGGACUCAAUUGCUGCUCAAAGAGCUAGAGUAGAAGAGCUUAAAAGAAAUGUGCAAGUACAGAGUGCAAAGAGGGAUCAAUAUGCUGCAAUUAUAUCUCAACAUUCUCUUGCUUUGGCAGCAUCUGAAGAAAAGAGUAACAAAGAUGUUGAGUGUAAAAGUGAAACACAAGAAGCAAUUUUGUGGUACAAUAGGGUUCUUGGUUUCCAUGUUGAAGCUGGACAUGGGGUAAAAUUCACCUUCAAGAACAUAAAUUCGAGAAAUCCAAAUGAGGAGUACUCUCUCACUGUUCGCUAUGCAAAUGAUACUUACACCUUGUUAGAUUGUGAUCCACACUUGAAUGACACCAAAGAGUUGAUCUAUGAGUUGAAUAAAACCAAUGGUUUAUUCAAAUUUGUCAGAAUCAUGAGAGAGAAGUUCCAAGAAGCUGCCACACAAGGAUUUUUGCCCCAAUUAACAAAUCAUCAAGAGUUGUCCACAAUAUCUACAUCUGCUCCAGUUCUAUCAAUGUCAAGUGACAGAAGUGAAUCCUCAGCCACGAAAAAUGACGACCAAGUUCUACAUGAAGAAGGCAGUAGACCUUCUAAGAAAGCAUACUAUUUAAGAGGGUCGAAACCCUUAUCAUGGAGGUGAUCAUAUGCCAUCAAAAAUUUCUUAUUGUAGUUAUUGGUCCAUGUAUGUGUGGAUGUAAUUAUUUGUUUUCGAUCUUUAUCUGCCAAACUCCUGUAAUUGUUUUUGCAUGCUGGACUGUUCCAUUUAGAAUGAUCACUAAUUGUUUGGAUUUUCUUCGUCCUUUUUUCAAAUAAUGCAUUGGCGGAAGUCUUAUUAGCA